AUGUCUUUUUUAUACUUUAGUUACGCAAUUAUUAUGUGGGAGGUGAUGUCGAGGAAACAGCCUUUUGAAGAAGUUAUAAACCCCUUGCAGAUAAUGUAUAGUGUGUCACAAGGACAGCGACUAGACUUAAGUGAAGGAAGUUUAUCAAUGGACAUUCCUCAUCGACUGCUCAUCAUAAAAUUGAUCAGAAGUGGAUGGGCACAAGACCCAGAUGAAAGACCGUCGUUCUUAAAAUGCUUGAUAGACCUUGAGCCAGUCCUGCGAACAUUUGAUGAAAUAGCUAUGCUGGAAGCAGUAAUUCUGUUAAAGAGAUCAAAGUCACUAUAUGAAUCACGCUGUAUCCACAAGAGUGGAAAGAAAGCAGACAUGGAGCAGAUAUCUCUAAAUAUACCUCUGAAUCAGCAAGAGGAAACAUACUCUGGCUCUAUACAAUGUGAUGCGUUUCCCCUUCGGAGCAUCUCUCCAGAUAUAUCAAGACUCAAGUCUGUUCCCAAGUGUAACAUCCUCUCAUCAGAUGGAAAUUCUGGUGAUCUACACAGUCUCAGCAGUCAGAGCACAGAUGAAAAUAUUUCUGUAACUCAGAGUGCCAAGCUCCUUGUGAAUCCAUGCAGUUGCCUUCCCUUAUCUGACAAGAGUAUUUCAGACACCUCAAAUUUUGCACCUUGUGCCUUGCGGUCAUCACCAAUUCCUUCAGAUUUUGUUUUGGAAACUAUACAACAGAAUGUAGCUCAUCAAUGGAUCCAAAGUAAAAGAGAAGAAAUUAUUGAUCAGAUGACUGAAGCGUGUUUGAAUCAGUCACUGGAUGCUCUUCUAUCAAGAUUUUUACUCAUGAAAGAAGACUAUGAACUUAUAAGCACCAAACCUACAAGGACAUCAAAAGUCCGACAACUGCUUGAUACUUCAGAUAGCCAAGGAGAGGAAUUUGCCAGAAUUAUAAUACAGAAGUUGAAAGAUAACAAACAACUAGGGCUUCAACCUUAUCCAGACAUUGCAUCUAGUUCUUUAAGAUUGUAG